AUGUCCAGUGAAGAGAAUAAUACAGCUGCUGAAUCUGUAGCAAAUCCGUUAAUAGCAGAAACCAAAAUAUGUUCGAUUUGUUUAUUGAGUGGAAGUACUGAUGAUAAUGAUCCGAUUGUUUAUUGUGAUCGUUGUGGAGUUAUUGUUCAUGAAAGUUGUUAUAAUGCCGAUACAUUAGAUGAUAAAUCAUCAGAUUCAUCAUCACCGUCUGAAUAUUGGUUUUGUACACCUUGUUUAGCACAUGUUGAUGAUCCAACAUGUGCAUUAUGUCCAACGAAAGACCAUUGUCAGGCAUUUUGGCCAACUCUAGAAUCAAGUUGGGUUCAUGUUGUUUGUGCGCUUGGUGUUCCUGGAGUUUUAUUCUAUGAUGAACUUUAUUAUACUCCUGUAGAUUUAUCGAAUAUAUCAUCUCAAAAGUUUGGAAAUAAGUCGUGUCAUCUAUGUGAAUCACGAUCAGGUGUAUGUGUUUCGUGUGAUGCUGGUUUAUGUCCAAAUGCAUUUCAUUUGUCUUGUGCCAAUAAAUAUGGUUUAUUACAAAUUCGAGGCGAAUUGUCAAAAAUUGAAUGUGAAUUAUAUUGCGUAACUCAUCAAUCAUCAUCAAAUACAUAUAAAACAGUUCAAAGAAAUUAUACAAUCUGUGAAGUACAACAAAAACAAUUAGAUCAUAGAGAUAAACUAAAUGAACACAUUACUCAAAUUUUAGUUGAUCAUUGGUCGUUAUAUAAAAAACGUAGCGAAUCAUUUCCAAGAUUACCAAAACCAGCUAAAAGUCAUCUUGCACGAUCAUUAAUGGUUGACCCAGUGGCAUUGAAAAACUUUUUUGACAAAGCUCAACGUCUACGACCAAAUCAAUCGGCAACACUGCCAAAUAAUUUCGAUCUCACAUCAACAGAUACAAAUGCUCUUCUUGCAUUUACAGCAAAUGAAGAAGAACUUGGUCAGAUUCGAGAACGUAUUACAGAUGCAGAAAAUAAACUUUCUCAAUUGGAGUCAAUAUCAAGCGAUAAACAAUUAAAAGAAGAACAUAAAAAACUUGAAACUGAACUUAAAAAAGAAUACGAAACAUUAGCUUCUUCAACUGAACGAUACAAUGAAUAUCUGGAAAUAUUUAAACUCUAUAAUUGUCAAUUAAAAGAUGAUACAAUAAAUCAAUUAUUGAAUAUUAAAUUACCACAACGAUCUUCAACAGUAGCAACAAUAGAAAAUGAUUGUUGUUCAGUAUGUAAACAAAUCGAUCGAUCAAAUCAAACGAUCAAAUGUUGUCAAUGUCAUUUAGCAUUUCAUGGUAAUUGUUUAACACCAGCAAUGCCCGCUAAGACCUUAUCACUAAUGUUAUCGGCUAGUAAGAAAUAUGAUUGGCAAUGUGCUGCUUGUGUGAAUGUACAGCAAGAAGAGCUUGAUCAAUGUAAUGUUAAUAUUGAUGAGCCUCGUCAGAUACGGCCGAGACGCACAAAUGAACUUGUUUUACGCGAAACAGUUAUCAAAUUUGGUUCAAGAAAACGAAAACAAGAUUCAGAUUUUAAUUCUAAUUCCAAUAAUAAUAAAAAUGAUAAUGAAAAAGAAACAAUAAAGAAUAAAAAAACAAAAUCAUCCAAAGAUGAAUCGAUUAUAAAAUCAAAGCGAACAAGUUCAAAAAUUGAUUCAUCAUCGUCGUCAUCAUCAAAAGAAGUAAUAGACACAAAACCAGAUGGUGAAAAAUCGACGACGAGCAAAAGUCGAACAUCAGUCAUUAAACAAUUAUUCACUCGAAAAACAGCUGAUUUUAUUCCUGAAUCAUUACCGAAACGAACUUCUUCAGCAGCAAGAAAAAGUUCUAAUGCUCAAAAGUCUCCGCGAAUAUCAAUUAAAAAGUCACCGAAACCGAAAUCGACUGAUUCACCAGCAACUCCUGUUCGAUCAAAAUCUUUAGCUAUCGAACAUCGAACACCGACAAUAUUUAAACAAAAAGCCUUAUCGGUUCCAGUAACAAAGCCUGAGAAGAAGAAACGUAAAACAACAAAAGAUCCAUUGUCAAUAUUUAACUUCGAUGAUGAGGAUGAAAAUGCCGAUGAAACUAUUGAAUUGCGUUCAUCAAUAACACAUAAUGACAAUGAUAAGAAAGCAAAAAAGAGCAAAAAAGUACAUGAUGAUCAAGAAAGACAAGAAACUAAAUUGAAUCGAACACAUAAACGUUCAACAUUAAUCAUUUCGAAUAACGUUCCAUCGGAUGCUCGAUGUAAAGAGUGCUCAAAUCAAGGAAAAAAUGAAACAAUGACCGAUUGCGAUCGAUGUAAAAAUUACUAUCAUUUUAUUUGCUGUACUCCACCAUUAUCAUCGUUUCCUAAGCGACGUAAUUAUAGUUGGACAUGUCAUCGAUGCAAUGACGAUAAUGAAAAUGAAUCGUCAAAUGAAAUUUUAAUCACAUCAUCACCAAAAAGUUCACGACGAGAGCGUAAAAGUCAUAAUCGUCAUAACGAUAAAGAAUCUUCAAAUUAA